CAGUACAAGUCGUCAUAACAGCAAAGUGAAGACGACACCAGAGAGAGAGAGAAGCGAGUGAGAGAAGAGAGAAGAGAGAAGAGAGAAGAGAAGCGAGUGAAACUCUCUGAAUAUGGACGCGUUUCCGGCGGAGAACCAAGUGAACGGUGGCAACGAUGAAACUUUUCCGACGACGGGAGACGAUGAGAAAGACGACGACGGAGUCGAUUUGUGCCGGAUUUGUCGAUCGCCGGAGCUACCAGAAAACCCCUUGAGGUAUCCGUGUGCGUGUAGAGGCUCCAUCAAGUAUGUUCACCAGCAAUGUCUCCUUCUAUGGCUCAAUCGCCGUGGACACAAGCACUGCGACUGCGAGGUGUGUGGGCGUAGCUACUCCUUUGUCCCUGUUUACUCUGAGAACGCACCAAAGAGGCUCUCAUGGCAUGAGUUUCUGAUCAGAGGACUGUUUCUGAGAGCGUUACGCGUCGUUUCUUGGGUUUUUGUGUUUCUCUUCAACGCCUAUUGCUAUUCUUUGCAUCCUUGCGGGAGAGACGCUGCGAUUGAAACUCAGAGAGCUUACCCUGUGUCAGAGAUAGUUGCUUCUCUCUGGGUUAGCUUAACCUACAAUGUUUUUAUCGCUUAUGGUUUGACAAUAAUGGUACUUUUCAAGUUUUUUGUUGAACUUAUCCGUGGGCGGCGUCACGUGGUAGUGAAUGAACAUGGAGCUGUUGGCCUUGUUGUGUUUAAACAUUUGCUCAUUCUCUGUGCUUGGUGGCAUGACCUUCUCGGACGUGUUCCAAUCUUCCACGGUCUCAUGGUUGAACCUCAUGGAGGAGCGUUUCUUUUUGGAAACGCACAGCUUCAUGAAUUUGGAGCAGUCAGAACGUUUCUCUUCUUUCUUGAUGACAACUCAUUUGCUGUUCUUGCCGUCAGCUUGUCUGUCUCAUUCUUCUUCGUUCUUUUACCAUUGCUCAUGGGGAAACUUGUCUUUGCGCUCCUACCUACGGAGGUAGCUAUGCAGCUUCUUUCAGGAUACUCACUUGGCCAAGAACCUGUCAUUGUUGGAUAUAUGAGUAUUCUCUCGCUUUCUAUAGCUUAUCUUGGAAGUUUUCUUACUCUGAGUCGAGACUCCAUUAAAGCCAUUGCCGGGAAAGUAUUAUUGGGGAUCCUCUUCGUAGCAUUGGCACCCCCGUUCUUACUGUGGAUACUUUCGGUAAAACUAUGGCAAAAUCUAUAUGUGGUUAAGGAUGGUUUCAUCUUGUGUUUGAAAUUUGGUGUUUUACCUUUAGCACUUGGCUGCUGGUUAGAUUUUUGCACCCUCCCUAUAAUUGGAACGCCAAUUUCCCGGAGGCUUGAGUUGAUUUCAGACUAUCCCAUAGUCAUGAUCGUACAUUGGUUCUUCGGACAAUUUUGCUUGCUAUUGGCUCUCAAUUCCAUGGAGCUUAUCCAGAGGAUCUUUCACAAAAGACCCUUUUGGUUUCUCCUAGAUAUUACCGAUCCCAACUACAAGGUCACUAAACUACACAUUGGCCAAUUUCUAUUUGCGUUGGCUUUCCACGGGUCAAUGGUGGUGACUGUGGUUCACUUACCAAUAAUGACCACCUCCCUCGUCAGCCCCUCAUUUUUCCCACUCCAAUUCUGGAUCUAUGAUGAAAGGCUUAUGCUUGGCUCGAUGUCUGCUUAUAUCUUCUUAGUGGGUCGGGGACCCAUCGAGUGGUUAGCCGAGCUUAUUAAACAGGCUGUAGAACCCAUAGUUCGCAAGUGGAUUAUCACUGUCAGUUCUUGGCUUGAGUUGAGCGAGUUCUUGCUUGAAAACCAUGCAGAUCAGAAUGUGAGACCAUUUCAGAACCUUGAUGAAUGGUCUCUAGUGUAUAUACUAGCUGAGGGCUCUGUAGUCAGGUUACACGGAUCUCAGAGUGAUACCACUUUUGAAGAGGAUAUUGGCGACGAUAGGUUUAUACUAAAGAUCGGACUGAUGUUUGUUCUAGCUGCUUUGAGCAUUUUUCUCAUUAGCACAAUCUCCAUGGUUUUGCCACUUCUGAUAGGAAGGGUGUUCUUCCACUAUAUCUCUUUCAUCAUACCUUUCGGACUCAAAAACGACGAUUUUUAUGGUUUCUGGAUUGGAUGUUAUAUCCUGCGAGCAACCUACAAGGGAACUUGCUUCGUAUUUUAUCAGAUCAUGGCUGGAAGAACUGAUUUGCUUCUCAACCUUGUUCUGUUGUCGAUACGGGAUGCUUCACUGCUCUCCAUCUGGAUCUCUGGAAUCCCUGCAAUGCUCGGUCGCCUUAUCGACCUUAUGAUCAUCAUCCCAUUACAAGUGCCGCUAAACGAAUCACCGGAUUAUUCAUUGCUCCAAGAAUGGUUGAUCGGAUUAGUCGUCCUUAACAUCUGGACCUAUCUGACUAUGUUCACGCGUAUCACCUGUUUCGCAACAGUGGCUUGGCGGGAGAAAUUAGUGAGAAUCAGAAAUGUCCGAUUCCACUGUCUUUCCACUUCGUGGCUGCUUCUAGAAAUCAUUUAUACCAUCAUGUUCACUCUUAUAGCCACUCUCGUCUUUCCUUUCUUGGUGGCAUACUCUCUAUUCCCAUGUCUUGGAUUUUCUGGUGAAGUCAACAUAGCCGUGCAGAGGUUCAUAUGGCCGGUGCUAUUAGCAAUCAUCAUCUUGGGGUUCGUAGCCAAGCUCAUCCUUGAUCUCUUCGUUUAUAUUCACCGAGUGGAAUACAAUGAUCGAUAUCUGGUGGGAGACAGAGUGGCUGAUUUCAGUGAAGAUCUUAAGUAAGGGAUCAACUCAGGACGGAUAUUGCAUAGAAUCUUUUCUCAGAUUUCUUUUCUUCAAUCUUUUAAUCUCUCUAAUCUUGUUUAAAGGUCAUCCAUCUUUAGCAAUUAUCAGGUUUUAAAAAACUCAGUUUGAUUUUAGGAUAUUACAAAACUCAGUCAACGAUCUUUGAAACAUUUUUUGACAAGUUUUUUUUUAAUGAAUUGCGUCUUG